GUCCAACACUGUUCUUUCAACUCUCUCGCCACUCGUUUGAUCCAAAACAUGAACAGGAUUUUCGGUUCCUCUGCAUCCAAAGCACCAAAACCAUCUCUCAGCGAUGCCAUCGCCUCUACAGACCAAAGGGCAGCAAGUGUGGAGGUAAAGAUAGCCAAACUCGACGCUGAGCUUGUACGUUACCGCGACCAAAUGGCCAAGAUGCGGAAUGGACCCGGUAAGAAUGCAGUUCAGGAGAGGGCCCUCAGAGUUUUACGCCAAAAGAAAAUGUAUGAGGCGCAGCUGGCACAGCUCACGCAGCAGUCAUACAACAUGGAAAGUGCAGCAUUGGCGACCGAGAACCUUCGGAAUACGAUGGCAACCGUGGACGCUAUGAAGACUGCUAAUAAGGAGAUAAGGAAGCAGUACGGGAAGAUUGAUGUGGACAAAUUAGAGUCGAUGCAUGAUGAAAUGUCGGAUUUACUUGAGCAAGCAAACGAGAUCCAAGAGACUAUGGGGCGUUCAUAUGCCGUACCUGAUGAGAUCGAUGAGGCAGAUUUGGAAGCUGAACUCCAAGCAUUAGAUGUCGAAACGGAAGAGGAUCCAUCUGCUUAUUUGGAUACCGUCCCAGAUUUCCUUGAUGAAGCUCCAAUAGCGGAACCAAAAGAAUCUCAAAAGGCAGCAGUAACGAACACUUGAGGUUGAAUGGUCCAAAGGGACGUAAUUGUUUGCACUACAAACGGACUUAAAACAAACUUUAGAUACAUUCACAUAAUAACUGUAUAUUUGUUCCACGAUGAAAAACCCGGCGACGAGGUCAGGAGUUGAUCCAACCGCGUCACUGAUCACUGCCGAUGAUGCGGAAAGGUUGCAGUAUCAUCCACUGUUGACAAUCUGAAAAAGUAAAAGCUCGAUUUAGCCACAUCCCCAGCAGAAAACCAAAAAUCAAUUGGGGUGAAAACCGCCCGCCACAACUGAAGCGAAGGGAACUCAGAUACCGCUGUAGUCUAGUGUUUUUCAGCACGAUAUAUAUAUCUGCUCAGCUGAUGAAUGUAUCAUCACCGUUCGUUCGCGAGUGUGUGGAGGGGGUUGCUUAUUGUAAGAAGUGCAUGGGGCCAGACUGAACACUUACCUCGAUAUAACGAGAAGUGGUGGGAAGAAGUGCAAGAGAACUGAAGAGAAAUUUCUUC